AAAAAAGUGGAGGAAACCCUAAAAAUAAAUAUUUGGCUCUCCACUCUCGAUAGUCUCACGUGCUGUGUCCACGCCUCUUUCUUCUUCCUCUUCGAACCAUCACCCCUCCUCGUUGCAAAUAAUUACAUCAGCCGUCAAACACACCGUCUGAGAGGGAAGCAGCCGAAAAAGAGAGAGAGAAGAAAACUAGGCAGCCCACAUUCAACUUCUUGGGUUUCUUCUUGGGUUGCAGUGGGUUUAUCAACACGUCGAUCUCCGGUCAGAGGAGGUGGUUUCCGGUGGUUUUGAGUCUCGGUUUCAGAGGCAGCCGACCAGCUCUCUCGCUUUCUUCUUCUCGUAUUGUUGCUGUCGUUUUCUUUCUUCCGAUCCUGCUGCUGUAACUUCCCUUCUUGUUACUCUGUCACUGUCUCAAUUUUGGAGCUCUUCGAUGGUAGAGUUUGCUCCCAACUCCAACACUACUUCUGCCCCCGACGGCCUUCUUCACACUUCUUCUAAGCUUAAGAACUCCGAGCCACUUGACUCUUUUGACUCCAAGGCCAUUGAUUACUCAUUCGUCGAUUCCUUCCUCGAUUACGAUUCUUUUAAUGACUGGUUUGACGAAUUAACAUCGCCCAAUAUGGUCGAUACACAAAAGCUUCUUCCUGAAGGAGAUGCCCAUUUGAGUCAAUCCGUUGAAAAGUCUGUUCCAGUUAUCGAUGGAGUUCAAUCAAAUUUUGUCAGGUCUGAAGAUUUUAAAAUAGAAAUGCAGGCGAGUGGUGAGGCUUGUAACAACUCUACAGAUUUAAAUUCAAUCAUUGAAGAAGGGAUGUCAAAGGUUAGCUUGGUUCUUGAUGGUGGGUGCACUUCGAAGGUUGAGUUGGAGUCUGAAGCAGAUGAUGGUGAAAAUGAUGUGGAGUCAGAGGGCACAAGUUCAAUUUCAACAUCUAGUAGUAGUAGCUCUGGGGGAAGUAGCGACAAUGAAGUAGACAAGGAGGAAGAGAAUUCAUCUUCUUCCAGUAGCAGUGAUUACGAUGAUGAAGAAGAGGAGUACAUUGUAGAAGCAGAGGGAAAGAGAGAAAUUGGUGAACUUGAAGAAGGUGAGAUAAGGGAUGCUGAUGGUGAGGACGAAGAAGCUUCUGCAGAUGACAUGGUUGCGUGGGAUAAUGAUGGUGAAGACCUCGAUGGUGAAGACCUCGAUGGUGAUGAUGAAGACCUUGAUGGAGAAGAGGAAGAGGCUAGGGCUGAAGGAGGGCCAAUUACUUCUAAAAAUGAGCUUAAGGUUCUUCCUCCAGUUCCUCAAGUGCAUGCUACGCUGCAGCCGCACCACCAAAUGCUUCCUGUUGGAGUUGUUUUGUCAAUGCUUGGCAAUCAGGUCAUUGUAGAGGGUGUUGAGAAGCACAAUCCUCUUAGCGAGGGCUCUAUUCUUUGGAUAACUGAAGCUAGAUCUCCAUUGGGGUUGGUAGAUGAAAUCUUUGGACCUGUAAAAAAUCCUUACUAUUCUGUAAGGUACAAUUCUGAAAGUGAAGUUCCUCUUGGGAUUAGUGGUGGCACUCAUGUCUCCUUCGUUCUUGAGUUUGCGGAUUAUGUGCUAAAUAACAAAGACCUGUACAAGAAGGGGUAUGAUGCAUCUGGAGUGAAUGAUGAAGAGGUGUCAGAUGAUGGUGAGUUCUCAGAUGAUGAGAAAGAGCUUGAGUUCAAGAAAAUGCAAAGGUUGGCUAAGAGGGCUAUGAAUGAUAACCAACAGAUCAAUGGAAACAAAAAUAAUGGUAGGAAGAAGAAAAACAACGCUAAAGCCAGGAAAUUUGUUCAGCAUACAGUUGAGAAUGCAAAUGUAUCUGAUGAGUCCAAGAAAUUUUAUGGCCAGCGCACACCUGAGCAAGCAACAAUAUUUGAAGGCAGAAAAUUCGAUCACCCGACACCACAGCAAGCAAAAAUGGAUAUGGUUCAGCCAUCUCCGAAUCAAAACCAGCAAACGGGCCCUCCUUUGGCACCAUUUGUAUAUGAAGGUGGUUGUCCAAACCUUUCAGUUGCAGAACAAUGCUUUAUGAAUGAAACUGGUGUUAUGUCAUCUUUUCCACCAACGUACAACCCCUACUUUACACCAGCAAUGAAUGGAAUUAGGCCAGCAGAAAUGCCAUUUCAGUUUCCGCAGCAGCAGAAUCCGUUCUUUCCCAACGGUCUUCCAAUGAAUGGCAUGCCUUGGUUAUUACAGAAUCCUGCACAACAAAUGCCUCAAAUGCCCAUGCUGAAUACCUUUGUUGGAGCAGCGUAUCCCCAGGGGUUCGUAGGUUCAUCAUCCGCCCUACCUAAUUCCUUGACAACGGUAGGGGCACAAGGAAUCCAUUCCGGUGGACUACAGUUUGGACAGAAUCAAAACAACUUGCAGCCUGCAGCACAACAAUUCAAUCCCCCAAACUCACACCCGCCAGGUACAUUUUCAGGAAACAGAGUACCACAACAGUUUAACCAAAACUCAUCUUCAAAGCAGGGAAGAAAAUCUCAUGGUCGCGGUGGACCUCAUUUUAGAGGUAGAAGAGGUGGACAACAAAGUAGAUGAAUCAUUACUCUGUUUCAACAUGAUGGAGGUUGUUUGCAUAUAUGCAAUUGCUAAAAUUUGAUUACAAUCUGUCAUGUACGAUCCUUUCACCAAUCUGGGUUGGAUAAGAAUUAGAAUUAUGAAGUUAGUAGCUGCAAUCAUUUAUUUCAAUUCAGGGGUUAGUUUCUUUUUAA